AUGUCUUUGACCUCGUCUUCGCCCUUUGAUCAACGUCUAGGAACGAAUUACGCACCUUCAGACGCAGAGAAGGCACAAAUCCAAGAAAUCAUCGCGGAAAUUUCACCAGAGAUCUCAAAACUUGACGGUGAAAUUGAGGCUCUCAAAGAGGCGCUCGAGUCGUUGGAGAAGACAAAGGAGGAACGUUCAAAGUUCCUGGAGGACCACAAAGCGCUCCUCUCUCCGAUCCGCGAUUUACCCGUGGACAUUAUUCACGCCAUCUUCCAACAUUGCCUCCCCGACACCCAUAACGCGGUUUUAUCGCCUGCCCGAGCUCCGCUACUCCUCACACGGAUCUGCAGGCAAUGGAGGGAACUGGCCAUCAACUACCCACCGCUGUGGUCAUCUCUUCAUAUCCCGAUUCCCAAUGUUCCGGAGCCUAUGCUCUACAUACCUGGCUAUUACACCAACAAUCACGAAUCCCGCGUGUUGUCCGAGGAAGAGCAGGAGUAUUUCGAUGGGGAGGUCGAGAGAUGGCAUAGCAGGAUGGCGCAGAGAACGCAGUCGGUUUCUCUUUGGCUUUCACGGGCCAAAGGAUCUGGUCUGUCUCUUUCUAUUGUGGUUGGCAGGAAGCGAGAUCGACAUCCCUUUGGACUUGGAAGACCGGAACCAGAAGCAGUUACGGAACUCAUUUCCCUAAUUCUCGGAUACGCGUCGCAGUGGGAACGGUUCGAGAUUUCGGCGCCCCUCAAUAUCGCCAGCCGCUUUCUUUCGACACCAGCUUCGCGAACGCCCGCCCUUCGGUCUCUCAAAGUCAACACGCCCGAUCGCAUCCGUUUAGGGGAUCCACCGCCAACCAACCCACCGAGCCUGUUUACCCCAGACGGCAUCACCACUGCGCCAUCUCUAAAGUCGGUUUGGUUCGAAUCGAUCCCGCUUGACAAGGCGCUGGAUGUUCCCAUCGGGUGGGGGAACCUCACGAGUUUCUUCUUCGCCCCUGACGAUGGAAUUCCAGGCCUGCCGACAGCGGGGAGUUUGACCCCGAAUUCUGCCAUCGAGAUCCUUUCCAGGUGCCCCAACUUGAAGAGGUGCGGGCUGUUGGUAGGGAGUGGUUCGCCCUAUCUGGCUAACCCGCAGGUCUGGGGCAUCAACCCUCCGCAGGAAGACGUCACCCCAGGCCGUCGUGCAGUCCUCGAACAUCUAGAGUCGCUCACAUUGGAGCAAUACGGGACGCGCUCCCUGCACCCUUUUGUAGAGUCGCUCGAACUUCCGGCGCUGAGGUCGCUCUCCUUCGCCGGGAGUACGACUCCUUGUCCGGCCAACCCUUCCCCUCUCAUACCUCUCAUGAGGAACUGGGGCCACAAUCUGAAAACCCUUACUUUCGAUUACCAGUUCCUCACGGACCCAGAGCUUCGCGAAUGCCUCGAGCUGGCGGUCAAUGUCGAAGAGCUCAGCUUAUCGCUCAACGGGAGGCUUGGGCGCAGCUUCCAUCACGCUGGCACCAACAAUGACGAGGACCGGCGCCCUGCCCCUGCUCGACUGGGCAACAAGAUGAUGAAGGCGCUUACGCCGACGUACGACGACGACGACGACGACGCCGGCUCCGAGUCCGAGUCCGAGUCCACACGGUCUGUUUUGUGCCCUUCUCUCGUAUCCUUCGCAGUCAGACUUCCGACAAUCGAAUUUGGAGAGGACGCGCUCCUCGCCUUUGUCCGUGGCCGACGACACGCCAAAGCAGCGGAGAAAGGUAUCGCCAAAAUCUCCAAAAUCAAGGUGAACUUUGCGUAUGAUUGGCCGCAGGAAGUUCCUGGGGUGCCAACGCCCGAGAGUCUCAAGGGGUGGCCUCUGCUGGAGACGAUACGGGAUGACCCGGAUGUGGACCUGGAAGGGUUGGACUUGAAGGUCAAGUGGUCGUGGUAUGAUCCUUCGGUUUAUGAUCGUGGGCUGGAGCGACCCAAGUCGGAUACGACUGCGAAUAGGGUGUGGAGUCCCAGCCAGGGACUUUGGAACGUUGGCCUGGGCCCGUCUUUCUUGGUAGAACAUGGAUUCUGA